ACCAGUUUUAUAUAAUGUCAUCUCGGGACGUCUACCGAGAGCGGCGAAUUGACAUUUCUAAAAAUUAAAAUAAAUUCAAUAAUUAUUUAUCUCUCUUGGUUUACAAAUAUUACUUAUCGUGCAUUAAAGUGUUCUUUCUUCACAAUAUUAUUAUAACUGAUUCAUCUGAAAAUAGUGUCGUGUUAAAAUGGAUGACAAGUUUGAAACACUGAAAUUAAAUUAUAAAAUACAUAAAUAUUCUAGUUUUUCCGCCCACUACGUUCCUGAGAACAUCUUGGUGAAUAAUCCUUCAGACCAGCUAUCUAGAUGGUUUACAGACAGUUCUACAUCAUCGCAAUUUAUUGUUUUAAAACUUGAAUCACCCUCAAUCGUAGAAACCAUAAAAUUUGGCAAAUAUAUUAAGCCUCAUGUGAGUGAUUUGAAAAAGUUUCAAGUUUAUGGUGGAACCGAUGAAAGCAACUUAUCUUUAUUAUUGACGGGGGGGUUAAGGAAAGAUAAUGUAGCAGAAAUCUUCCGAUUGCGACAUAGGACAACUGAAGGCUUGUAUCUACCUGUAAAAUACAUAAAAAUAGUGCCAUUACAAUCGUGGGGGCCAGUUUCAAACUACACGAUCUGGUAUGUGGAACUUGAGGGAAAGAAACAGCCAGAACUUAUAAGCAAUGUGAUGGAAACUAUUAACAUGCGUAAAGAAGAAGAAGCGGUCCGCAUACUCUUGAAGCACCUCCGACGUCGAAGGUACAAAGACGCGUUUGAAGCGUUGUCCCGUGAGAGUGGAGUACAACUGGAAGGUCAUAUGCAAGCACGACUAUGGAAUGCACUCGUCGAGAAUGGAGAUUAUAAACUGGCUGAGAGCAUAUUUGAAGAAUCAGCACGAGAUGGGGAGCUCGACUGGUACAUGUCAUGGCAACCCUACACCCCGGAAUGGCGAAAGCUUUGCGGUUGUUCUAGACAAGUAGAAGAACGGCUGUGUUGCGGUGACGCUGCUCCAGAGGUACAUUCGCGACCUCACGAUCUGUCUUGUGUCGACAGGGACCCUCGGCCCGAGGGUGCGGAUGUGGCAUUUAAUGGAAACGAGGCGAUCGAAAACGGCUUCAUACCUUGUGGGGCCGGGACCGCGUGCACCGACCGGCCCGGGCCUCGCGGCGGACACCAGCUGGUGGUCGACCCCAACACUGGUACGCUGUACCUCUUCGGCGGUUGGAACGGGACGGAAGACCUGGACGACCUGUGGAGUUUCGACACGAUCACGGAACGGUGGGGUCUCCUCUGCAGGCACAGCGGCAAGCUCGGAGGCCCGUCGCCUCGCUCCUGCCACAAAAUGGUCUUCGACCCUAUCAACGAGAAGCUUUACACCAUCGGAAGGUAUCUGGACAACGCUCAGCGGACGCCGGCCAAUUUGAACAGCGACCUGUACGUGUACUCCGUGCGGUCGGCCGAGUGGUCCCUGGUGAUGAGCGACACGGCGGCCACGGGUGGACCCAGGCUGGUCUUCGACCAUCAGAUGUGCAUGGACCCCGACACCAGCACCAUCUACGUGUUCGGGGGACGAGUGCUGCCGGCUAACACCGAGGAAACGGCGAGUCCGCAGUACUCGGGCCUCUACGCGUACUACAUCCGGACCUGCACGUGGCACCAACUCCUGCCCGACGACCACGACCUUCCGGCUCCGCAGCCGCGAGUCUCCCACUCCAUGCUCUUCCAUCCGAUCCAGCGCCGCCUGUACAUUUUCGCCGGGCAGCGCAACAAGGAGCAGCUGCUGGACGCCUGGUGGUACGAGGCGGGGUCGGGUCGGUGCGGGGCGCUGUGCCUGGGCUCCUGCGCCCCUCCGGCCGCCGGCUUCACGCAGAGGGCCACCGUCGACCCCGACACCGACGAGAUCUUCGUGCUCUCGGGCAUGAGCAAAGAAAAAGACCGUCGGGUGUACAACACCCUGUGGGUGCUGUCUCUGAAGAGGCUCACGUGGAGUUGCGUCUACCGGAACGAAGCGGUCACGCCCGUGGAACCCAGGCCGCGCUUCGCUCAUCAGCUGGUCUACGACCCGGUCAGGAAGAUCCACUAUCUAUUCGGGGGCAACCCCGGCACGACCGGAAAUCCCCGACUGCGCUUGGACGAUCUCUGGGCGUUGCGAUUGACGCGUCCCGCCCUGUCCCGCGUCGUGGGUUGCGCGCGCGCAGCCCUCCGCGAACUCUGCUAUCGGGAGCUCGCGGCGGACCCGGCCGCCGCCCCCGAGGCCUUGGACUAUUUGAGACACGAGCUCAGUGACGUCAUCGACCAUAGCGAUCCCGACCAGGUGGCGAAGUUCCAGCGCCUGGCGACUGCGCUGUUCGCGGGCCGGAGGCGCGACGAGUGCGCGGCCGUCGGCCUGUCUCCGCGACGCGUCCGGGCGCUCGCUCGCCGCCGAGCCGCCGUCUGCGCCCCCGCGGACCUCGCGAGGGCUUUGGCCGCGGUGUUGGGCGUGGACGACGCCGUCCCCGAAGCGACGCAACCGUUCGAAGAGGCGACUCUCCCGGACGUGGACACGUGGGACGUCGGACGGGACGACGAGGAACCGGUCCCGGCGAGCGGUCCCGGCGGGGCGUGGGACGAAAGAGCGGCCCGAAUCGGGCUGUACGAGCGGCUGGCCGCCUACUUCCGUCCCAGCACCGUGCCCCCGGCCGCCGACAUCAUGGAUCUCGUCGCUUUAUAGAUAAGAAAUAGUUCCAGCAACAUCCAAAGCAUCACACCCUUUUACAUGACAACAUUUCUUCAACUGAUCAAUGUCCACCUAUGAACAAUAUUUGAUAAUUUUUAUCCGUUAUUUAAGUUAUUUCUCAAGAUGCCGGUUAUUUUGGUUAAUAAUUUAUAUUUAAGGAAUUCACUACACAAACAGAUGAAAAGGCGACGUACUCGUUCUUUGCGGUCAAUGAAAAUCAGUCUUUAGCGUCGAGUUAAAUAUAAAAAAUUAUAACUUUUCGCUUAUAGAUCUUUAGCUCAUAUUAUAUUUAUUAUUAUUAUAUUUUCAUUCAGAAGAUUUUCUUCCCAGCGUUGACGCACUAGAUGAGAUAAUCUCCGAAAUACAUAUUCCGGUUUCUCGCUCUUUAAAACCGCAAACGUAUCUAUAAAAAGUGACGAAAAAGGUACCGCCUCCUUUCCCGUGUUUAAGUUUGUUCCUAGAUUAGUCCGUAAUGUAGAUUUAACGAAGCAUUUGUAAAUAGGUUUAAUGUGCAUUUAACAGUUUAUUAAUAGUUUCUCUGUUGUGAAAAAUAAAUAGUUUUAAGGUAUUUAGUUGGUGCAAUAGAGUUGUAGGAGACGCUUGGGUGAAUACGUAAAUUCUGUAAAUGGUAAAUACGUACCGAUCUAGCAGAGGGCUCGAACUGUAACUUUUAUGAGGCUACACUUUUCUUGACGCUCAAAUAAAAAUUGGUUGUAAUUGCGCCGCUAGAAUUUAAUUGAAACGAUUACUAUUGGGUAAUCUGGGCAUAUUUGUUUAGUGACCGUCUCCCCGUCAACUUACAAACGAUAUUAAUCUCGCAAAAAGCCAUCGGGUAAGUUUAAUGUGCGAUUCGUUGCGCCGAGUGGAGGCGUAUUCACUGAACAUUUUGGUAAUCACAAACUGUGAUAGGAAGAUAGUCAUACGAGUAUUUCAUGUUUAAGCGCUUCGAAGAAUUAAGUUUUCUUUUGUAAAUGUUUUUACUGUUAUUAUUUCAACGAGGCUUAUGCUUUCAUUUAUAAUGAAUAAAUGUAUUUGUGGUAUAAAAUUAAA